CAUUAUUUACUUGUCCACACAUGAAAAGGUCGUAUUCCUUAGUAGGAGGGCUAGUCAUAGGGUUGACUUUUUGUCUAUUCUUAAGAACAAAUGCUCAAGAAAGUGAAGAUGAGGCAAUAUCCAACUUGCAAAAAUAUAUUCAAAUACGUACAGAUCAACCUCAUCCUGACUAUGCUAGUGCAGUCGAGUUUUUAACACAAUUGGCUACUGAAAUAGGUUUAGAGACCCAGUCUUUGGAACUUGUACCAGGGAAACCCAUAUUCCUGGCUUGGUUAUUAGGAUCGAAUGGCGAUGGAUCGACUAUUUUACUCAAUUCACAUAUGGAUGUGGUGCCUGUAGAACCUGGUGGUUGGAGUCAAGAUCCAUUUGCUGCUACCAUCGAACGAGAUAAAGUCUAUGGUAGAGGUACUCAAGAUAUGAAGAGUGUUACCAUCCAGUACUUGGAAGCAUUAAGGCAUCUCAUCCGACGAGGUUGGAAACCUGACCGAACUGUUUUGCUUUCGGUAGUUCCUGACGAAGAGAUUGGAGGUGCUCAAGGAAUGGGAGUGUUUGUAGAGUCCAAAGAAUUUCAAAAGUGGAACAUUAGCUUAGAAUUGGAUGAAGGUUUAGCCAAUCCACAAUCUUUUAUGUGGUUGUAUUAUGGUGAGCGACAACCUUGGUGGCUUACUAUUGGAGCUACAGAUCAACCUGCUCAUGGAGCAACAUUACCCAAUCAUACAGCCAUCCAACACUUAUACAAGAUAGAACAAAAAGUUCUCGAAUUUCGAAAGCAACAAGAGCAGCAAGUGAGUCAAGGAAUCCCUUUGGGAGAUAUUAUUGGAAUCAAUCUUGUUUAUCUUCGCUCCGGAGUAACCAAAGACGAUCAUAGUUAUGUGAUGAAUAUGGUCCCAGGAAUAGCAGAGUUAGGUUUGGAUAUUCGAGUACCUCCCACGAAACAACAUAGCCAAGAAAUGACUCGAAUCAUAUCCGAUUGGUUGUCAUGUACUGAAGAUGAAAUCAUGAAUAACUGGAUUGGAAAUUGCAGUCAUUAUUACUACAAGUUUAUUCACAGAGUUGAUAUUCCUCAAGUAACUAGCAAAGAUCCCGUGGAGAAUCCCUACUAUCAAGUGAUACAACAAGUUUUCGAUGAAUUAUCCAUUUCUUAUAAAACUGCAAUAUUUCCUGCUUCUACAGAUGCACGAUAUUUGAGAGAAAGGAAAAUUCCUUGUUUCGGGUUUAGUCCUAUUCAUUCGACUCCAGUAUUAUUACAUGAUAACGAUGAAUAUAUUCCCAAAGACAUAUUUCUUAAAGGCAUCUCCAUUUAUGAAAGACUUAUUGAAGCUUUAAGUACUUUGGAUUACCCAACAAUCCCAAGUUGUAAACCAACUGAAAAUAUAACCCAUUCUAUAACAACAACUAUGCCUCAUGAAGAACUUUGAUAUUGUUUUCUAAAGUCGGUUUCUUUUUCUCUUAUU